UUCAGAAAUUGUUUCAUCAUUUCAAAGUAAAGUCGUGGAAGUGCAGGCACACAGUCGCACAUUACAUGCUCGAUUAUUCGACUGCAGUAUGCUCGCGCUAGGGCUGCCAGAGCGGGACAGCUCUUGUUGUGCCAUGGCGAGCCAUGGAGCCAACCACAUUGAAUGUGGCAAGUGGUGCAUGCCACAUUCCGCCAAUCAGAAGAGCCUGUCUCCGCCAGCACGCAUUAGCACAGCAGAAACACUGUAGACAAGCAGUGGCAUGGCAUUCAUUCUUAUUGUGACCCGCGCACCAAAGGCAACCAUAGAGCAGCGGUCGGUCCGGUCGCUCGUUAGAUGCUGUGCUGUGCUGCGGUGUGAAUCGUACCGGUAAUGAGAGCCUAAUCGAGCCUAAUCGCCAAUCGUCAUAGCGCUAACUAAACGUAACGUCGGUAUUGGAUUUGAAAUCGGAAUCGGAAUCGGUACUGCAACUGCUAGUGCUAGUGCUACUGAUUCACAUACAAUGUUCAUAUGUUCAGCACUUGCAAUAAUUAACAAAUAAAUAUCCUGCGCAUUGUGUGAAGUGAGAAUGUGAAACACGGGCUGUGCUGGUGGCAAUCUGUGAAAUUGAAAGCGGCAAAGGCAUCCCAGCCCAUCCCAUCCCAUACGAAAUGAACAAGUGAAUUAAAACAAAGGCGGAUGCUCAGCUCAAUUUGUGUUUGUGCAGUUCGAGUCCCCGUGACAUCGCCAACAAAAGGGAUCCGAUCCGAUCCCUUCCCAUCGAUUCACAGUUAACAUCUGCACAGAUUCUUCAGCCUUAGUCUGUUUCCCGCGGUGUUGACCCAGCGUGAGCGUAGCGUGCAGUCAAAGGCUCCAAGCGGUGAAUGCGGUGCUCCCGAACCCGAACCCGAAGGCUUUGCUUUCUGUUUCUGUUUCUGUGUAGGCAUUUUAAAGUGAGCAUUGUGUGUACGUACAUGUGUACAUAUGCAUGUGUGCGUAUGUACAUGAGGGCAGUCCCACCGUAGCCACGGUCCGAUUUAAUUCACACAUCCAGUGGAGCCAAUAAACCUUACAUACAUCUACAUCUACAUCUACAUAUCCAGAAACAAUUAUGUUUACGUUGCAACCGACUCCGACGGCCAUAAGUACGGUAGUGCCCCCCUGGUCUGCGGGAACGCUCAUCGAGCGCCUACCAUCUCUCGAGGAGAUGGCUCACAAGGACAAUGUGAUCGCGAUGAGAAAUCUGCCCUGUUUGGGUACCGCCAGUGGCAGUGGACUGGGCAUUGGUGGAAAAUCUGCCACUACGAUGGCUACUGCGAUGGAAGGCGUGGACGCGGCCACAGUGUCGCAGCCCCACUCGACAUCGUCGUAUUUUACCACAACUUACUACCACUUAACUGAUGACGAAUGUCACAGUGGAGUAAACCAGCUGGGCGGAGUUUUUGUCGGUGGACGACCAUUGCCUGAUUCAACGCGCCAGAAAAUUGUUGAGCUUGCGCAUUCCGGGGCUCGGCCAUGUGAUAUUUCUCGGAUUCUACAAGUUUCUAAUGGAUGCGUUAGCAAGAUUUUAGGCAGAUACUAUGAGACCGGAAGCAUUCGACCACGCGCCAUCGGGGGAUCCAAGCCUCGGGUUGCUACGGCUGAAGUCGUUAGCAAAAUUUCGCAAUACAAACGCGAGUGCCCGAGCAUUUUCGCCUGGGAAAUUCGGGAUAGAUUACUGCAGGAGAACGUCUGCACCAACGACAAUAUUCCAAGCGUUUCGUCGAUAAAUCGAGUAUUGAGAAACUUGGCGGCACAAAAGGAGCAACAAAAUACCGGGACGAGUAGUUCAAGUACAAACACCAGCACCAGCGCCAGCGCCAAUUCUACUGUCAACAGUAGUGGGGGCAGCGGCCCGAGUGGCCAGAGUGGCCAGAGUGGCCCCAGAACCACGCUCAGCGCGGCAGGGGAUCUGAUGCAAACAGCCACGCCGCUGAACUCUUCCGAAAGCGGAGGAGCGAGCAACUCUGGCGAGGGCAGCGAGCAGGAGUCCAUUUAUGAAAAGCUCCGACUCCUCAAUACUCAGCAUGCAGCUGGAUCGCUGGAUCCUGCCUUGGCCAUAUCCCCACCGAACCAUUUUGGACCCCAUCCCCAUUCCCAUUCCAGUCAUCCCCAGCUGCUGCAUGGCCAACAGCACCAGCAGGCGUCGCAGCUGCAACAGGCCAGCUGGCCUCCACGCCAUUACUCAACCGGAUCCUGGUACACCUCCCCUCUGAACGGCAGUGAAAUACCGAUCCCAGCUUCAUCCGGAUCCGGUAUGACUUCGGUGGCUGCAUCUGCAUAUGCCCCAGGUCCGACGACAUCUCAGCCCCUGAGUCCGCCCAAUUUAUCCGGCGGCGGGAAUCACCUGAGCAACUGCCCCAUGAGCACGGACGACAUUCUUCUAAAAAAAGAACUUGACGGACAUCAGUCGGACGAAACGGGUUCCGGUGAAGGGGAAAACUCCAAUGGCGGCGCCUCCAAUAUAGGAAACAGCGAGGACGAUCAGGCUCGCCUAAUACUCAAACGGAAGCUGCAACGUAACCGCACCUCCUUCACAAAUGAGCAGAUAGAUAGCCUGGAAAAGGAGUUUGAACGCACACAUUAUCCGGAUGUAUUUGCCAGGGAACGAUUGGCAGGUAAGAUUGGCUUGCCGGAGGCAAGAAUUCAGGUUUGGUUUUCGAAUCGUCGCGCCAAGUGGCGCCGCGAGGAGAAGUUACGAAAUCAGCGAAGGACGCCGAAUUCGACGGGAACAAGUGGAACUUCGUCUUCAACUUCAGCCAAUGCGUCUUUAACCGAUAGUCCCAAUAGUCUGGGGGCUUGCUCCUCGUUGCUUGCGGGCAACUGUCCCUCAGGAAACACAAUCAACGGGCUAGCGUCGCCCAGCUCGUUGUCGGCGUCGGCCGUGGGUGGUGUUGAACCCACUGAUAGUCCCACACCAACGUUGCAUCUGAGGUCCGGUGGCAACUCCGACAGUGCUGGUGGGCGACCACAAGACGAUGGCAGCGACGCUUGCUCACCUGGGCACCAUAGCUCCCAUCAUCACCUUGCCCAUGCCCAUGCCCAUGCCCAUGCACAUUCGCAUCCGCAUUCGCAUUCGCAUCCGCACACUCACUCGCAUGCUCUUGUUCCUGCCAUUUCGCCACGCCUGAAUUUCAACAGUGGCAGCUUCAGCAGCUCCAUGAGUGCGAUGUACUCGAAUAUGCACCAUCCAGCAUUGUCGAUGGGAGAUAGUUACGGUUCCAUUACGCCGAUGCCAAGCUUUAGUCAUUCAUCGGUGGGACCUUUGGCCCCUCCGUCGCCCUUGUCCCAGCAACGCGACCUCACGCCCCCCUCGCUGUACCCGUGCCACAUGACUCUGCGCCCACCGCCGAUAUCGGGCCCACAUCAUCACCUAGCUCCGAAUGACGGGGGAAGCAGUGGGGGCCUGGGGCCUGGUAUUGGCAAUGUACAUUCGACGAAUGUGGGAGCCAGCAACAAUGGAACCGGAUACGAGGCACAGGCACAGGCACUCUCCACAUAUGGCUUGGCACCACCGCCGCUUCCGUCUGGUGGAGCAGCUGACGGCAAUUCGUCCGCGACCGCCAAUAUCGCCGUUUCUUCUCAUCAAAUUAUGGAACCUCGGCAGUCGCCCUGCAGUCCGCAACAUUUGGGAACUGCUAGUCACAGUUCUGGAUUUGCCACUGAUGCCAUUUCGAGCGCUGUUCCUUCGUACGCGCACAUGAGCUAUAACUACGCGACGGCUGCCAACAACGUGCCGCCCUCUGGCGGUGGCAACCCAGUACCUGGUCUCAAUUCACAUGGAGCCAGUGGAAAGCAACAGUUCUUUGCCUCUUGUUUCUAUUCACCUUGGGUCUAGGCUCUAGACUCUGGAGCCAGACCCGUGCGCCCGUGCAGGGCGAUUUAGAAAGAGACAAACACAAAUACAUAGAUUAUUUGAUUAACUUUAAAGGCUCCCUAAAAUAAAUCGAAUUUACAUAUCUCUAACAAAUUUAUGGAGGUUGUAGAAAAAUGUAUUUAUUACAUAGUUCCGGCCAAGGAUUCUAACCUAUACGCGUAGAAUAAUUGGUGUGAUUAAAUGAUCUAAUUUUGACAAAUGAA